GUGAAUUAAAACAUAUUUCACAUGGAAGCUGUAAUCACAAUAUAAAGCACACGUGCAAAAUAUAUUGAUAAAGGGCCAUACAUGCGUUCUGUUUCGAUACUCCGGAGCAGUAUUUACAGAGGCGUUAUUACGCAAUUUUCUACUGAUUUCCAAACUGGAGUCAUCUCCACGAAAUCCAUUCCACGCUAUCACAAUGAUGAUGAUUUUCUUAAAAUAAUGCAAGGAAUUCACUGCCCAAAGGAGAUCCCAUCUUCAGAUCUGAAGCACCAAUUUUUGGUGCCGUUCAACGCUUCAGCGGUGGCCUUCUUGGUGGAAUGUGACACUUCUAUGCUAAAAGUGUUCCCGACCGACAGGAUGGUGUUAUAUCUUCCUGUUGGGUUGUCAGUUUUUGUCGAAGCAUGUGAUGCAAAUCUGUCCUCACAAAGUAGAGGCAACACCAACGACGGAUUACAGCACCUUCCGAUGAUGGAACUGCCUAUUCUUGUUGUUACGGUGCUUGUUCACGAGCGAGAUAUGGGGAAAACAACCCUUUCGUGUUCUCGUUCGGAGGAUACAUUUUCUUCUUCAUUUUUUCCUCUUUCAGCUUGCCAAAACGCGUCCGAUUUUCUUACGAAGGGGCAUCGUCUUGAUGCUUCUGAAUGGGAGCGUUGGCGUCAUCAUGCGUAUAAUAUUGUCAAUGCAACGAAGGAUCCUAAAAACAAUACAGUAAUGGAAAUGUUGAGCCCUCUUACUAGAGGAAACAGAUUGAGCGACUGCCACAUCGCUGAUAUUGAUGCGAUACCGUUUGAUCAAUGA